AUGCCUGCCACUGUUACAAAAAUUCUUAUGAUUGCUAACAAACAAAGUGAUCUGAACAACAGCACACUACAACUUUUAGGCCAGUCUAAAAUCAUUCUAAAACAGAAAUAUUUGUCUAAAAAGACACGAGAACUAAGUUAUACAGGGUUACCUCUUCAAGAGGUCUACUCUGUCAAAAUAAUUAGGGGAACAAAUCUGGCACUUGCAGAUAUCAAGAUCUACGGUACACAAGCUCCAGAAAGCGUAGCAUGCUCCAAUAACGUGAAAGCUCUCUUCAAUGGCUGCUAUUCGUUUCGAAGAAAUAGAGUACAAUAUCAGUGUAACAGAGGUUUUCGCUUGCAAAGCAGAACGUCACUGUGGCCUUGCUCAAAAAUGCCCGGAAAGUCAUUAAGCUGUGGAUACGAAAUAGAAAAUUUACAAUGCCCCACUCCGGGUGUGCCUCGGAAUGGCAGGAAAACAGGAACAAAUUACCGCGUAAAUAGCACCGUUUCCUUUCACUGUGAAACCGGAUACCACCUUUCUGGUCCCAAAGUGAUUCGAUGCAUGAGGAAACAGCAAUGGCAGCCAAAGCCCUAUGUGACCUGUAAAGCAAAUGUAUGUCCAACUGUAAAUGAGACUGCUGUGCCAAAUGGAAGAUUGGAAUUGAAAACAUUAGCACAACCUGGUUUCACGUUCGGUAACUUUCUAGAAAUCACAUGUGACAGAGGCUUUAAAGUCGUUGGAAACAACAUCAUCAUUUGCAAUGCCAGUGGUUUGUGGGACUCCACUCUUCCUAUUUGCAGAUCAGCAAAUACAUCACGGCUGUGUACAUCAAGACCAGUUUGCCCAGCAGGAAAAGAAUGUAUAGUUACUUCUCGAGGAAAAGCCAAAUGUGUAUGUUCUGCUUCUCUUGGGCACGACUGUAUAUCUACACCAAAGCCUAUAUGUACAUCUGAAGAUCUAACGUUUUGGAGUGAAUGCGACAUGAUGAACUAUAGUUGUCUGCACCCACAUAAGCAGCUUACAAUUCUUCGAUACAGUGCUUGCAACGAAGGUCCUAUAACCAAAAUGACGAUUACCACUAACAGAGGCAUCGAAUCUAGAUACGUCUACAAAUGCAGCUUGCCGCAGAAGGUAGGGCCGUGUAAAGCACGCGUUCCUCGAUUCUACUUUGACCAAGAUACAAACAGAUGUACUGUGUAUGAUUGGGGAGGAUGUGAUGCCAAUGGAAACAACUUUGACAGUUUGCAACAAUGUCGCAAAGACUGCAGAGAUUUUCAAGAUUGCCACAGAAAUAAAAAGCACGACUCAAGUUUUGGAAUAAAUCUGGCGGAAGGUCGUCUUACAAGCCCACUUAAUGACUUGUCUGCCUCAUUCGUCGAUGGCAGUAGAAUCUAUAACGAAUCCACAAAAAUAGUGGCCUCAAAAUGGAAGGUCAUUCUGUUGCGGCAAGCAGUAAUCUCAAAAAUUAUUGUUUGGAAUAGUGAUUACAGUCUUCCGUGGUUGAAUAUAACUCUAUUUUACGGUACUGUGGAAAUAUUAGAGACGGGAAUUGACCAAAAAGGACUUUGUCUAUACGAAUGGACGUUACCGUUUUCCAUGUUAGUGACCUCUGUUGGUUUGGAAACAUCAGCGUCUUCAGACCUGCAUGUAGAUGAAAUUGAAGUACUUGGGCAUAUUGACCGAGGACAACAGAUCAAUCUUUCGCAUGUUGGAGCAACAGUUAAACAAUAUUCGGGCACAGAAAAACUUGACAACACGACAGCAAUAGCCGAAAAUGCAAUAGAUGGUAUACUAGAAAAGAAUUCAGGACGUGGUCAUGGUUUUCUAAAGUGUUCUUCGACAUUACUGAAAAACACUAAGAAAAGACCCUGGCUUCAAGUCGAUUUGAAAAACGGCUAUUUCAUCACCGAAAUUAAAUUAAUUUUACGAAAUGUUAAAACACAUAGAACGUGGCAAAAUGGACUGACAGUGCAUGUCACAAACACUUCUCUUACGUCUCCUUCAAGUGCAUUAUCUUCGUCGGUCAAUACGUUAAGUCUCUGUGGACAGCCAUACUCGUCACUUGGUGACCAUACUCCCGUAUUUCCGUGUGAUUUCCCUCACACUAGUCAAUAUGUAUUACUAACCCUCCCACAGCCACAGUCAAGAGCUUCUCUGCAAGUGUGCAAGAUCAAAGUG